AUGCAGGGGAAUAAGAAUGAUGAAGUCGAAAACGCUCGAGUAAGGGAGCUGGCGGAGCUCAUUCACCUCAGAACACACCAGCCGGCGGGCAAGUAGCAAGCGCGCGCAAGACGCAGUAAUGUGCGCCCUAGACGUCCUUCCGCUGACUACGCGCGCCGCCGCCGCCAUUGUGAGGCGGCCGUUGCCAUGAGAUUGUUCCCGACGAAGGCAGCUUCAGCUUUUGCCUGAAGGACCCCCAGAGGCAGUAAACGACGUGUAGGUUAACCAUCUCCUCCCCCUCUUACAUAGGAGUGGUAGUUUGUGCUCUGCUCUUUCUGCCUCUCUCGCUCUCCCAGUUGGAAGAGGAGACAAGCAGGCCUUGAGGGGGAAGAGCGACAUAAUAUAUAUAGAGAGAAAGAGCGCUCCCUUUGUGUUGGCCGGUCUGCUUUAGUUCAGGCGCUGCAGUAGACAGCCCCGUGCUCUGCGAGGGUGGGGGGCGGGCGGAGGCAGCUCCGAGGGGCCCUCGCUUCAAUUCGGCCCCGCCCCGCCUUAUCCUUAUAAGACGCGACGGCCGCGAGCCGCCUUUAGUAGUCUCGCUGGUUUCAGUCGGGUGGCGUCGCAGAGGGAGGGGCCGAGAGCCGCUGCUGUUGCUGCCUCACGGUGAGUAAGGGCUAGGCCUGGCCUGCGUCUAGGCCUCGCUCCUUAGUUUGGGGGCGCUGGGGAGUUGAGGCAGGAAGCCGCGGAAGGGAAAAAAGGGAGAGAAGUUAGCAGGCGGGAUUGGAAGGCCGCAGCGGAGGGAAGGUGGUUGCUAAGGGAGCGGUCUCUUCCUCCUCCUCCUCCUCCUCCUCCUCCUCCUCCUUGCUAAGGGGUGUCUCCGCCACCUGCUCCUCCAGCAGCGGGAUUGGAAAGUGCUGUGGAAGAAGAGAAGGUAACUCGUAAAUUGCCUGGAGACAAGCACCCCCCCCGACACUUGUUUAUGCGUCCCACAUCUCUGAAGCCAAUAAAACAGGCUCUUUUUAUCUCUCUUUUUCGCCUCUUCUCUCUCCCCCCCCCCCAUUUUUAAUGUUCGUGCACAAUAAAGCAUUAACAAAAUAAGGCGGUUUCGUGUGUUGUAUUUCCGGAAUAGUUCGUGUUGGGGCAUGAACUAUUCCCCCCACCCCAUGUAGACUUGUAUCCCCUCCGCUGUAUGCGAGUACUCGAGAGAAGGGUGGAAAUGGGAUUUUUUUUUAAAAAUUGUGCCUGUUGUGUAUGUAGAACUCGCUCCACCGUUUUGCUUGGUUACCCUACCAACAGAAAACGGCGUUAAAAGCAAUAUUCUCUCUUACUCCUUUUUUAAAUAAAAAGCCUUGAGAUUGGGAGUUUAAAAAUGAUCAGUAACAUAAAUUGUGUUUCGGUAGACUGAUCCGCUAGCUAGGAUUAAUCACUGUUUACAACCGUUUAGGUAUAAAGCCCCCCCCCCCAAUUGAAUCUUCUGUUAAAUGCAGGGUCAGACUGCUAGUCUGUAAAGAGAAGCUUGUAGAAUUUUUGUUUGACAAAGUUAUCCUGUGGAAAAGGCCAGGGGGAGCACUUAGUGUGAUAGUCUGAGCUCUGAGGCAUUGCUCUCCGCUACUUCUGACUGCGUACUUUGUAGCAGACGCAUACUAAAAUAUCAGUAUAAAUUAGUUGUUUUCCAACCCGUUGUACACAAAGCCACAAAAAUCAGUUUUUGCAUAGUAUCUCUAUUGUAACUAAAAUUAUAGUUAAAUAGCUGAAAUGGAGAACUGGGAAGAAUAACAAAGUUGAGAGAAUAAUAUGCAGUGUCUUUGGUAACCUUGCAUUUUGGUAGAAAUCAAGGAAAACAACUAUUCAAAAAUAGUGUAAUUAUAUAUCAUGUCUUCUGGCAUAAAACCAAACACUUAAUGACAAAAUGCUUGUUUGCCCCAACAAUUCUCCGCUACUCUGUAUAUUUUUUUUUAUUGUGCAGUGUACAGUAGUCAGUUGCUAGUCAAGAGCCAUACAAAAUACUGUCAUUCUUUAAAAAAAAGUUUCUAAUAAACUAGAGCAGCUAAAAGGGCGCAUUAGAAAAUAGACUUGGUAGUAGUAGUCAAACCAAAUUGAUGAUGCAGCUUCCUGUAACAUGAUUCACUGUGUAUAUAUGCAUACAUUGAUCUUGAAAUUAAAACUUAGCUUGGCCUAGCCUAAAAAGUUGUUUGAAGGGUUAUCUUUUAAAUAUAUAUUUUCUUCAGGCAUACGUAGUGUUGCAAAAGUGUAUAUACUCUUGUUUUGCUGUCAUUAAAUUGCUUAGUGUGUUUGUAUGUGACACAUUUACUUUUAAAAGAAGCACAAGACCCUAAUGUUCAUAUUUUGGAACUCAAAAUCUGAUGAAGGUAUCUUAAUAUUCUGGUAAUAAACUAUGGAAGAUAAGCAGCUGGAAAAGAUUGUGUGCCAUUUAAUUUCAGUUUGUGAUGCACUUGGCAUGUACUCAAAGUUAUGCAGUGGCUAAGUUGAUUGCUGCCAAGAUCAGCAGUACUGAGAAGGUACAGUAAACCUAUAGAAUGGGAGGUUAAUGCUGCAUGGAGCAGAUUUUGGAUCUGUGGACUAUUAGCCUCCCUCAAGGAAAAAACGCAUUGUGCACCAAUGCAAUUGUAUGAGAUGAAGGAAAUCUUGUCUGCAGUUCUUUCCCCAGAGUCCAAUUCUAAAACUGGAUUUGCUUGCUAUAUCAAUAUCUAUGAGUCAGCUUUCUGUGAGAGAUUUUACAAGAAGUGGCUACUAAAGGGUGGUGAGGGUCUUUAAAAAUGUGCUUACCUAGCUGGUAAACGCACAACUUACUGUACUUUGGGGAUAGAGUUUAUUUCCAGUAAUUUGUCAACAAAAUUCUGUUAAUGAUAUUUCUGAUGUUACAUAGUAAAAAUAAUAGCCUGUGAUUCUUGCAACUGGGUUUUUCCAGAAGUCAAUUCGAAAGUCAGAAAGGUUAAAACAUGGUGAAUUUUUUUGAACGGGGUUACUUGGUAUCUAGCAACUUUGCAGUUUUCACUUUGUUAUAAAAAUGAAAGCUUUCUCUUUCCACUGGGUGCUAAAAGCAAAAAUGCAUUAAGGAGUUGUUUGAAAGUGCAGCAUCAUAUGUUGGAAACUUGCCUAGAACAUAGUCUAGAGAUAACAGAAGUAAGGACACUGGCUGAGAUUCAAGUUUUGGUGAGGUACGCAAGCAGUUCUCCAAAUUUGUGACUGAACAUGUAUUUUAAAAAAUAAAAGUGGUGCACAAACAGGUCAGGUUCAAUGAAAGCAAUUUCAUACUGUACUUUCUAUCCAAAUGUAACUUGAGAUCCCGAUUAAACGAUACUUUCAAUACUUGAUUAAAUCACCUACUUAGUGUUGCAUAUUCUGGCAACUGAGAAGACAUUUUUUAAAAACCAAAUGUUGAGCUACUGCAAGGGCAAAAGGUGAGCUGCAACCAGUUCAAAUUUCUUUAUAGCCGUUAAUGUGUGUGGUGAUCUUAGCAAUCCAUUACUUCUGGUCAGCUCCCAUACAGAGACAAAAUUUAUUUCGCUUUCCGUGUAAUCUUAUUUUUCAGUAGAAGAUGCACUGUAUAACAAAACUGUCCUAUAAACAAAUUAUUUUAUUAUUAAAUUUGUAUACCACCUCAUUCAAAGAUCUGCCCUUUGCAGCAUAAAAAUAAUUUUGUAGCUUUUUUAUUAUUUAAAAUGUAGCUAACAUUAACUAUAUUUUCCCACCAUAGAUGCCUUCAAUUAAACUGCAGAGUUCUGAUGGAGAAAUAUUUGAGGUUGACGUUGAAAUUGCAAAGCAGUCUGUAACCAUCAAGACAAUGUUGGAAGGUAAGGGAAGUAUGAAGAUAUGUAACUUGGAAUAGUGGUCUGAAGAUGGUUGCUGCAUACCAGGAAUAGAUUAAUUCUUAGCUUAACAUGAAGUAACUAUGGGAAUCAUACCUGGAAAUCUUGAGAUACAUAAAGGUAAAUCUAUUUAGGCCAUACAAUAUUUCAGCCACUGUGCAUCGUGCACAUGAGUGCAACUAACACUUAGUGCUACAUAGAAAGUCCCUCGGGGGUUUCAUGCUGGAGGUGGGUGUGACCAAUAUGAAUUCAUACAGCACCUCCCUAUGCACACAGACUUUCACUGCAUAUAACGGCCCCCACACAGAGCACAUUCACUUACCACACAUGCAGGUGCACAGCUCCCUUCUCUCUCACACUCUUCACUCACUCCUUUUGUCUUCCUGAAGAUAAUAGACAGUUUCCUCAUUUCCUUGCUAUUAUACAGAUGAUAGGAAAUUCCGUCUCUUGAUUUCUGUGGUGGGUCACUGAAGAGUAAAAGUGUAAUGGCUUUAAAGUCUGAGCAGUUUCUUGUACGUUUUUGAAGUAAAACAGCUGUUCGCAGGCACUACCACAUUAGUCAUGGUUACCAUGGCAUGGCAGUCACUUGCCUUCCACCUUCAGGGCACUCGAAGCAAAUGUGGCCAUUUGGUUGGAUUCUUCAACUUCUAAACAGAGCUUUUGAAUGCAGACUUCUGUUUAUGCAUUGGUUCAAAAGCUGUUAUGAAGAUGGGUGACGUAUGUUUCAGCUAAAUUCUUAAAGGGAUUCCCACAUGCAGUAAAAUAUGAAAUUAAACCUUACUAAUCGUUCAGAGGCAAUCUUCUAUGUCAAAUUAGAUUGAUUAAACUAGGGAGCAGAUCUUCAAAGGAAUGGAAAAACAGUCAUAGGAAUAUGAGACAUUAAAACUGGAUGCCACAUAUCUGAUAGAGCUUGAGGAGGAUCAUGUUUUUAGCCAGGACUGGAACUGUAUAUGUACUCAGGAGUGUAUCAUGGAGGUAUUUCAAAGCUCAGCAUGGCAGAUUUUUCAACACUUACUAACAAAGCUUUUGUUUAGGACGUAGUGGAUGUUCACCGUGUCUGUUCCUGUUAUAGCUGAGCCUUUGUAAAGUGAUAGUAUAUAUUUGAGUGGAUAGCUGGAAUUGUGAGCUGGAAGCAAUUAAAUUUUGCAGGAUGAAAGCUUAAUUCUGACUGCCAGCAAAUUAAAAGGGAGCCAUGGAACUUAACCAUAUGGCCUUUAUGUAAAGUGAAUGUUUAUAAUCCUUAGAAACAGGGAUCCAACAGUCUUAUGGACUGUUUCCCAAUAUUUUCUUGUAGCUCUGUUUCUAUUUCUGAGUUUUUGGUAUUUUUCAUAUAGAAUUUGUAUUUUUAUAUUUCCCCAUUACUGCUAGGUAUGUUAGCCCAUACAAAGGUACACAUCAGAAUAUGCUAGUAAGACCUUAUGAGCGUCUUGCUAUUUCAACAUAGUUUUCAAGAGAUGCAUUCUACUUAUCUGGUGUUGUGUUUUUUUUGUGACUCAUAAGGGGGAAAGAGCUGGUGUUGCCCAGAUAAUCUUGGUAAUAGGGUAACUAAAAAACAUAGGAAAUGUGUUAAAAAAUUUCUAAAGUAUUCUUGAAAGCCCCUGACCCCUGAGUUGGCACUGCUGUACCAACAUUAAUGCCUUGUUAUUUUUGCUGCUAUUUUAGGGCAGUACACAGUUGCUGUAAAACAGAUAAAUCCAUCAAGUAAUGGCGCAGCUUAACGUCUGUCUUUUAAUAAUCAGUGGUUCACAUUGAUCUAUUACUUCUUAAGCUCUUAAUCUAACCAAAUGCUUAUGACCUGCUAUCUGAAGUUACCACAAAAUUGAACAUGUGGGCUCCCCCCCCAAGAUCAUGCUCAUGUGAUUAUCUUCUAGAUUUUAGAUUGCAUUAAUCAUGAUUGGGACAUUGUGUCAGCCAUUGCUCCAUAUGCUUAAAAAUGUUUGGUUUGACUCAAUAGAGCAUAAAGUUGCUGCAUGUGUAUCCAUGUUGAUGUGAGUUUUGAGAUGUGUUUAGAUAAUUACAAGCAUCUUGCCAAACUUUUAAAAAUGAUUUUAUUUACUUCAUAGCAGUCAGUUCUCUGUUAAGUUCUAAUAUGGCAAUUAUGCAUUGAUAAAAGUACUUCACAAACUAAACAGCAGCUCCGAUUUUACCAAAGGGCAUGCCAUAUUUCCUGAAGUUGAAACUGUUAAUGGGGGAGGGGCCAUACUCUGAAUGAAGUACAGUAUUGGGUUCAUUGGUGUAGAUAAGCGCUUUAAGAGGUACUUCUCUAUUGGCUACUAUGCACAAAUGGAAAGAGCAACAGAAGGCUGAGGUUCUUCUUUUGUGCCCAGCUCAUUUUAUGCUAUGAAAGGGGAGUGAACAUUGAGGAAGGGCUUAAAGGGCUAUUUGUACGUGUGCUGAUUUGCCUGGGGAAAAUCAAUCUGUUUUUGUGGUUGGAGUGCUUAGGUUCAGGGACUUAGGUUGUGAAUCAGAAACUAGACCAAAUGGAAUCCUUGGGGCUCCUUAGUUUAUGCAGUAUGUUAUCCUUGUGGUGGUGAAUCUUCACACAGUCCAUGUGUGCUAGUAGCUGGGGAAGGAGAGGCAGAUCAGGACAGAGGAACAUACUUUUUUUUACAGUCUGAUGAUAUACAUUCUUGUAAGUAAGUUCCAUGGAGUCCUUCCAUGUGGAUUUACUUCUGUGUGGUGGGUACAGGUUGAUGCAUUUAUUGGUAUUAUACACACACAUUGACUCUUUCUGCUUGGGAGUCGAAGAAGCAGAAGUUCAUGUUCACCAGUUGGUCUGUUAGCGUCAACUGCUAAGGACCUUCGCAAAGACACUGUUACUUGCUAAGGUAGCAGCGUCUGUCAACAUGGCUGCUGCAGCAGCAAUAGACAAAAUGGCUUAUUGGCUGAGGACUGUGAAUUCCAUGAGUGAGGAAGUAGAGUAGAAGACAAGGUUCUUCCUUUCCCUACCAGACAAAACACAAGAUAGUGGCAAAGGCAAACAACUUAAGACUGCAGUUCUGUGCACAUUGAACUAGAAUGCUUGUUUCAUAUAUGCAUAUGAUCAGACUAUGGGGAAUUUACCAGCCAAAAUAUCGGCUGCAGGCCUUUCAAAUUACUAGUCAAGUAAGUCAGCACUUCCAUCAGUUGCCUAGAGAGAGAGAGUGAAUAUUAAUUUCUUGGAAAUCUUCAGGAAAAGAUUAGAUGGCCUGACCAUCUGUUUUAAUACUUCAGCUAGGAAUAUGUCCUCCCUUGAGCAGGAGUUAGGCAAUAUGGCUAGCAUUACUUCUAACAAAAUCAGUCUUGAAUACAAAUAGAAUCAAUUUAUUAAUAAUUUGCAUUGUGUAGCCUGUGCAUUUUGCAUAAGCUACAUGUUGGAAAAGAGUAUAUUUUAGUAAAGAACAGGAUCUGAAUGUACCUAUAUUGCAGUAGAAGGUGCCUUUUAAGAAAUGUAGGGGUUCUGGCUAUGUAAAUUACUUGGUUUUUUUUCCUAUUCUCAGAUUUGGGAAUGGAUGAUGAAGGGGAUGAUGAUCCUGUCCCUCUUCCAAACGUUAAUGCAGCUAUAUUAAAAAAGGUAAUGUUGAACAUGAUUUUUGUUUUGGUAACAUGAGCUUUCAGACUCAACCUUGUUGUAUGCAGUAUAGCCAUCUUUUCUGAAAAUGGUUCUUCUAUUCUGAGAAGUAUAUCCAGUGCUGGGAAAAUUAAGUUAUAUUUUUAUUUGGGAUAAUAUAAUACUACAUUCAGAUAGUGCAUCCAUUUUUAUUGCAGUAGUUUUAUGGAGCAUACACACAACCUUUUAGUUGCUAUAUGUGACUUAACUGUUCAUCUUACAUUUCUGUGUCAUUCUAAGCAGCCUUACUUGUUGCCAUCUUCCCUAUACAUGAUAGAGUCUGUAUUUGCAGCAUUUAUAAGUUCUGUGUGAGCAACCUCAUAUAGUUCCAGUUGCAUGGAGGGAGGAAGAAGGGCCAUUCUUGCUGAUCCCACCCCCUCUGUUACUUGUCUUUUACUCAGUUCUACCACAUACCACAUUUUGGAGGGCAAAGCCUGAAGCAGGAAGCCUCUGUUUCUGCUGGGUAGAGUUUCCUGUGCAGUUUUGAAUAUUAGAGCUCUGCUGGAUCAGGCCAGUGGCCUGCAUAGUUCAACAUCUGGUUCUCAACAGUAGCCAGCCAGAUGCCCAUGGGAGGUCUACAGACAGGACCCAAGUACAACAGUGCUCCUUUGUGAUUCCAUGCAAAUUUUAUUCAGAGGCAUACUAUCUCUGACAGUAGAGGUAGAAAAUAGCCAUUGUGGCCUUAUCAUACAUUUAAAUUGUCAAAUCCUGUUUUAAAAGCCUUUUAAAUUGCUAGCUAUCACUUCAUCUUGUGAAGGUGAAUUGUGUAGCUUAACUGUGUGCUGUGUAAAGAAAUAUAGUGGUACCUUGGUUUUCGAACUUAAUCCUUUCCGGAUGUCCGUUCUUAAACCAAAGCGUUCUUAAACCAAGGUGUGCUUUCCCAUAGCAGUGGGGGGGACUCAAUUUACAAAUGGAACACAGUCAACAGAAAGCGAAACAUGUUCUGCUUCCAAGGCAAAUUUCACAAACCAAAACACCUACUUCUGGAUUUGCAGUGUUCUUAAUCCAAGUUGUUCAUAAACUAAGCUGUUCUUAAACCAAGGUACCACUGUACUUUAUUUUGUCUGGUCCGGAUCGUCAAGCAUACAGCUUCACUGAAUCGCCCCUAUUACUAGUAAUAUGAGAGAGAAAAGCUUCUCCCUGCCCACUUUCUCCAUACCAUGUCUGUCAUGUCUCCCCUCCCUUUACCUAACCUUUUCUCUAAACUAAAAAGCCGCACAAGUUCCAACCUUUCCUCAUAGGUGAGUUAAUUCAGCCCCUUGAUAAUUUUGUUUGCCUUUUUUUGAACCAUUUCCAGCUCAAGAGUACCUUUUUUUUGAGGUGAGGUGACUAGAACUGUACACAAUGUUCCAAAUGAGGUUGCAUCAUAGAUUUGUAUAACAGCAUUAUGAUAUUGACUCUUUAAGCAUGUAUAAAUGUUUUAGGAUUUAACUGGUUUCAGAUAAGGCAGCAUUUGUGAGCAAGACUUCAAAUUUUCAUUCUGUUUGACUUAUUUGUUGCCUCUUCCCACUUAAUCUUUACAGUAGUUCUGUCAGUUUGAAAGUACGUAAUUGGCAUCACAAGAUUGAAAUGUGAGAAAUCAGUUCAGUAUUAAGUGUGUGAAAUAUUGUUUACAGCAUUUGCAGACUGUGUUUUGAGAUUAUGCUACUUUCAGUUCUUCCCCCCCGAAAGGUUUGCAUUGAGAUAAUUAUGAGCAGCUGGUGGUAUGCUUAAAAAUGUCAGGAUGUUUAGUUUAAAUUAGUAAAACUUCCAGAAAAGAUGAAUGUUUUAACAGUUCUGUGUUCUUGUAUUAAGUAGUGGCUGUGCAAAAAGAUUUCUGAACACUGAUAAAACUAAUUUGCUUGAAGUUUUAAGAACAAAUGUUUAUUUUAGACUAAAUAAACAAAUAUGAAGAUCUUUCAUAAGCUACUUUACUCUAAUUCCUUAAGGUAAUCCAGUGGUGCACCCACCAUAAAGAUGACCCACCUCCCCCUGAGGAUGAUGAAAACAAAGAGAAACGAACAGAUGACAUCCCUGUGUGGGACCAAGAAUUUCUUAAAGUAGACCAAGGAACUCUCUUUGAACUUAUCCUGGUAGGUUGGUUUUGUAUAUUCAGGUGGUGCCAGGUGUUGUUGUAAUGAACUUUGUAGAUCAAUGGAAUAUUACAAGGUAUUAUAGAAAUUUCUAAUACAUUUUGUUUUGGAGAAGUGAGAGCCACCACGUGUUUGCUGGGUCCUUGGGUCCUGGUCCUUCCUGGCUUAUAAGAGUAGCCAGGUGGGAGGAAUUGCUGUGUGGGUAAGGGAAAGGUGAACAACUCUUCAGCAAGAUGAGGUUUCAACCUGCCUAAGUGGUAAGACCUUUGCUGAAAAAGCCCUCCCGGAGUCCUACUAUUCUGGAUAAUUAUUAGCCGGUCUCCAAUAUUCCAUUCUUGGACAAGGUGCUGAAGCAUCUGGUGACUUCUCAGCCUCAUGAGUUCUUGGAUGAGAUGGAUUGUCUAGAUCCAUUUCAGUCUGGAUUCAGGCCUGGUUAUGGGAAAGAAAUGGCUUUGGGUCCCUUGGUGGAUGACCUAUGCUGGAAGCUGGACAGGGAGAGUGUGCUGGACCUCUCAGUGGCUUUUGAUACCAUUGACCAUGGUAUCCUACUAUUAUGAGACUUGGAGGAACUGUUUUAGGGUAGCUGUGGUCUAUCUUGGAGGCCAAGCCCAGAUGGUGGUGCUGGGUAACUCCUGUCCAAUAUUUUGAUUGAUGGCUUGUUGCUUCCAUUCUGGAAAUGUCUGAUCUGGCCACUGUGAUCCAUAGCUUAGUUACAUCCCAUUUAUAUCAAGCUUUCUGUGGGUGUGCCGUUGCAUAGUUUUUGGAAACUUCUGCAGUUCAGAAUGCUGACCAGAGCUGGUUACAGGAGGAACAGAAAUUCCUUAUGUCAACAGCUCCACUGACUACUGGUUUGUUUCUGGGCACAUUUCAAAGUGCUCAUUAUGACCUAUAAAGCCCAAUAAAGUUUGUGUCCAGGCUAUCUGAAGGACCGUCUCCCUCUAUUAGCCUGCCUGGGUUUGAUCUUCAGGGGGAACCUUUAUUUUGAUCCUGCAUACAUAAUAAAGACGCAUUUCAGCAAGUGAACAUUACUUCAAGCAUACAUGUAAACUAGAAGCUUGCAACUAAAGGACACUGCCAAAUGUUUGCUGCUGAAUGCAUAAAUGAAAUGAAGUGGCAUCUAUGACAAUACUUGUAUGAGUAGGAUUCUUUGUUUUCUUGCUCCUAGGGCCUUUCAAAGCAAACUAGCUGACUGCUACGGCAUAAACGUUUAGAUUUGGUGUAUUAUAGAUGCAUGCCCCAUAACUGACUGACCAUGUGUUCUGAAAAUGCUUAAUUCAGAGGCGGGGAACUUGAGACCCUUCAGAUGAUGUUGGACUAUGCCUCCCACAUUUCCAGGCCAAUGUGGUCAGUAGUCUAGUGUGACUGAAGUUAUGAAUGGGACAGCCUGAUGGGACGGUGUGUCUCUGGUCUAGAAAACGAUGCACUGACUGCCAGUGAGCUACCAAGCCCAAUUCAAGGUGACAGGCUGGUUUAGAAGGUCCUAAUCUGAUUGGGACUCAAGUACCUAAAAAUGCAUCUCCCCAGAUGUUUAUCUUGAACCUUAUGAUUGACAUGUUGAUGCUGCUAGAUGAGCACUGACCUGGGGCGGCCUUCUUGGUAACUUCUCCGAUGCCCUCCUUGGCGAAUUGUUUCUUCCUCAUUAUUAAUAUUAAAGAGGAAUUUAAAAACAUCUACGCUCACCUGGGCAUUUGAUAGCUGAAAGACAAUUUGCGGCAACCUUGAAAUUAAUAGCUGUGAUAUGUGACUGUUCUUAAGAUGUUUGAUAUAUUUUUAAUUUCUUAAAAUUGUAUCAUUUUGCUGUUUUAUUAUUUGCCACCCUAGGCUCCUUGAGUGGAAGGGCAAGAUAGAGAUUUAAAUGAUAACAGUUCAGCACCUGGGGUCCCCCGCCUGGCUUAAUUGAUGGUCCUUGUAAAUGCUAAACAAAAAAGUAUCAAUAAAGUUAUCUCGAUUAAACAAAAAACCAGACAUCUUACUAUAAAAUCAUGCAGAUAAGUAAAUUACAAUGAAAUAGGAAAUGUCUUUGUUAUUGGCUGUUGCUUUAUAUAAAUAAAAACUUGACAGUAUAGUAUAUUUUGGUGGUAUUGCAUUGAGCACAAGACAUUAAAUUGGUCUUUUUUCCCUAAAGGCUGCAAACUACUUAGACAUCAAAGGCUUACUUGAUGUGACAUGCAAGACAGUUGCAAAUAUGAUUAAGGGAAAAACACCAGAAGAAAUCCGCAAGACCUUCAAUAUCAAGAAUGACUUCACUGAAGAAGAAGAAGCCCAGGUAUGCGUUAGUUUCUACCUUGGAUUUAGUUGCUCUGCAUAAAACAGGAUCUGUACUACUCAUUUUUUCUUAGUCCUUUGAAGAUACUUGAUCUCAUCGGUUGAGCAACAAAUCACUGGUGCUGGUCUCUGUGUGACAUUCUAUCCCAAUUAUUGUAGUCUCACUUAGGAUUCUGGGUCUUUCUCAUAAUGAUCCUCACAAAGAUAAAGUACUUGCUCAAAGCUUGUUAUGUGAAGCUAAGAUGUGCCAUAUGAGAGACAUGCCAUUCAUGUAAGUUUUCCUUCACACUUUUGUAUGGUGCUCCUCCUGCCCACAUGCCUGAUAAGCCUGUAUGGAAAUAGCCUCAAUAGAAAAUACAGACCAUUCCCUUGGUUUCAGGCAUGAGUACCAUUUCCUUUGCUUUGCACACUUUCAGAAACCUUAAGUACUAUGAAUGUAAUAAAGGCUGUCUUGAUUUUUAGGUACGCAAAGAAAACCAGUGGUGUGAAGAAAAGUGA